AUGUCUUCACAAAGUGUAGUUCUUUCAUCACUUUUGCUCAUGUCAUUGGUUUCUUCUUCUGGCUUGUGUUUUGGCUCUUACAUUGGCCCUAGGAGGUUGAUGCAGACAAAACAUGAUGAAAAUAUGGAUAUCAUGUUAAGGGUUCAUCAUCAAUCAACGCCAUCUUCAAUGUCUCAAAAAACGUUUAGUGUUUCACAUUAUGGAGCAAAAUCUGGUGAUGGAAGAGUUGAUAAUGAGGCAUUUGAGAAGGCAUGGAAUUUAGCAUGUUCAGAAGGGGGUGCUCUUGUGGUCCCUGAAAAGAAGGUUUAUCACCUUAAGCCAAUAAAAUUUUCAGGCCCAUGCCAAGCCACUACCACUUUUAUGUUAUAUGGAACAAUCAAAGCAUGGCCUAAAAUUUCAGCCUAUGAAGAAGAUAGACAGCACUGGAUUAUGUUUGAUAAUAUAACGAAUUUUGGUGUUGAUGGUGGCGGCACUUUCAACGGCAAUGGAAAAAUAUGGUGGGAAAACUCUUGCAAAACUAACGAAAGCCUUCCAUGUAAGGAUGCACCAACUGCUGUGACUUUCAAUGAAUGCAACAAUUUGAGAGUGGAAAACGUUAAAUUCCGAAAUGCACAACAAAUGCAUGUUAGAUUUCAGAAAUGCAACAACGUUACAGCUUCAAAUCUGGUGGUUCAAGCUCCUGGGGAUAGCCCUAACACUGAUGGACUUCACGUCACUCAAACCAAAAAUAUUUUCAUAAGAAACUCUGUCAUUCGUACAGGUGAUGACUGCAUUUCAAUAGUGAGUGGUUCCCAAAAUGUUCGUGCUAGGGAUAUAGUUUGUGGACCAGGCCAUGGAAUCAGCAUUGGAAGCUUAGGAGCUGGUAAUUCAGAAGCACAAGUCUCGAAUGUGGUAAUCGACGGAGCCAUUUUCACAGGAACCUCUAAUGGUGUUAGAAUUAAGACUUGGCAGGGAGGUUCUGGAUAUGCAAAAGACAUCAAAUUUAUUAAUAUAGAAAUGCGAAACGUGACCAAUCCCAUAAUCAUAGAUCAAAACUACUGCGAUCAGAAAGAACCAUGCCAAGAGCAGGAAUCAGCAGUGAAAUUGAGCAAUGUGGUGUACCAGAACAUCAUAGGAACAAGUGCAACACAAGUUGCAAUCAAAUUCAACUGCAGCAAAACCGUCCCCUGCAGAUCAAUCUAUUUGCAAGACGUGAUUCUAAAACCGGAACGCCAUGGCAGCGACACGGUUGCGACAUGCGAGAACGUUAGAUAUGCCAACAGAGGACAGCUUUUUCCUCAGUGCUCUACUGCUUGA